CACCUCACAAAACAAUAACCUCAAAAUUUAAAAGGUUAAAUAAUAUCAAAAUAUUAUUCAAAACAUUUAAUUUUAAGUGGUUUCGGCAUAAAAGUUAAUUAAGUGGACAUAUCGACAAGGUUACUUAUUUACAUUAUAUCCACAAAAAAGUUGCAGUCAUGAGUUUCAAUUUAGUUUGGAAUAACGGUGAUAAACACGUCAAAGGAAAGGCAUUCGUCAAAAAGAAGAAAGUUUCCAAUAUAAAAAGUACUUUAUCUGAAAAACAAUCAACAAUAUCCAUCAAAAAGGCUAUCAGUCGUAGUUCAGGAAAGGAUGACACUAUUCAGAAAAUAAAUGUUGAAUUCGUGAACCAGAACAAUAACACUGAACCAUCUCAUGAAAAAUCAUUCAAUGAGUCUACCAAAUUUAUUAAAAGAAAGCAGAGAAAAGAUAAAAUUGCAGCGAAGCAGGCUGCCAAACAAGGGGAAACUCUUUCUCAGGUCGAAGCGCCAAACAAAAAUCAGUCUUAUUCUUUGUUCUCUGUUGGCCAAAAAGAUGUCUAUGUGAAAACCAAUACAAAGGGCAGGUCUGUGGUAGAAAAAGUGUUCAGCGCUAAUAAUAAAUUCAGUAACUUGGAUAUUCACAAACAUAUUGUAUCAAAUCUGGAAAAGAUAGGUUUCAGUUCUAUCACAAAUGUGCAAGAGAAAUCUAUACCCAUUAUUCUCGAAGGUAAAAAUGUUCUUAUUCGCUCUCAAACGGGAUCAGGCAAAACUUUGGCUUAUGCUGUUCCAAUCUUAGAUGCAUUACAAAGUCUAAAUCCCAAAUUGCAGAGAAAUGAUGGUGUUCAAGCUAUUGUAGUGGUACCAACCAGAGAACUGGCUCUGCAGACUCAUGAAUUAUUUGGUAAAAUAAAUACUUUCCAGUGGAUAGUAGUCGGACACCUUUGUGGUGGGGAAAAUCGAAAUACUGAAAAAACGAGACUCAGAAAAGGUGUGCACAUACUCAUCGCAACACCCGGUAGAUUAUUGGACCAUUUACUUCAUACAAUAUCUUUCAAAAAAGAUAAAGUUAGAUGUUUAGUGUUAGACGAAGCUGAUCGUCUCUUGGAUAUGGGCUUCAAAAAGGAUAUUGUAAGGAUUGUGGAAGAACUGGACAACUCUAAAUCAAACUCAGAAUAUGAUCCGAUGGCUCUAUUGAAAGGAAGACACCUUCCAGAAGGUGAAGUACCAAAUUUCAAGGAAAAAGAUGAGGGUCAUUCCUCGUUUCCUCUUAGAGAUCUCUCAAGCAAUAUAAGGCAAACCAUCUUACUCUCUGCAACAAUGUCAAAAGGUGUUGCUGAGUUAGCUGACUUCACCAUGAAAGAUCAUACUUAUGUAGACACUCUCGAUGAGUGGUCUGACCUGCACCCUGAAAUGAUGGUAAUGCCAAACACUGUCGUUCAGAAGUUUAUAGUGACACAUGUAAAGCACAGACUUUUUACCUUGUCAGCUAUGUUAGUAGCACAGGGAAAAAAAUCUUCGAAAGUGUUUGUUUUCAUGGGUACAAGUACUAUGGUGGAUUACCACUAUGAGCUUUUCACAAGAUUUUUAGCGAAGAUGCCGAAGAAUCGGGGAAAGCUGAAAAGUGGAAAUGUUGUGCUUCUGAGUGGAAUUGAAGAAGAUAGUGAGGAUGAAGAAGAGAUUGUUCUAGAUUUUGAGUUCUUCAAGCUGCAUGGCAAUAUGGAGCAGAGUGCUAGAAAGGACGUCUUCACUAGGUUCAGGGCUGCGAAAGCUGGAGUUCUUCUUUGUACGGAUGUUGUAUCAAGAGGAAUAGAUGUUCCCAGUGCAGACUGUAUAAUUCAAUACAACGGACCACAAAGUAUAGAGGACUACUUACACAGAGUCGGCAGGACUGGACGAGCAGGAAAUUCUGGAACGUCGUAUAUUUUUUUAACUCACGAAGAACAAGACUUCGUUACAAAAAUGGAAGAUCACAAAAUAUAUCUUCAGAAACAUGACCAAGAUGAUUUUUUGAAGCAGCUGUGUGUUUUAAUGGAGGAACCGGAUCAGGAGAGGGCCGCAACUGCUUUACAGAAACGUUAUGAAAACGCUUUGAGUUCCGACACAGAUCUUCAUAGAAUGGCUUGUCUUGCAUAUUCUUCUUGGUCACGUUUCUACAACACUUACUCCAGCAAAAUGCGACCGAUCUUCGAUUUCAAAAAAGCGAACUUGGGGCAUUACGUCACGAGUUUCGGAUUGAAAGAGACGCCAACAGAUGUCGCCAGGGCCGUCAGAGGGCAGUUGAAGAAAACUGAUCGACCGAAACUCAACAAGAAACUAGCCAUUCACGAGGAUAAAGAACCUCAGAGGCCAGUUCAAAAAAGAAAAAUCAAAUCAUUGAGCUUAACUACCUCAGAGUUCUCAAGCGGCCUUCCUGUCAAGAAGAAAAAAAAGAAGGAAAGCAAUUCGAAUAAUUAGUAUAUCUCGUUAAGUUUGUCUAUUGUAUAUUUGAUUAUUGAUGAAUUUGAUAAGAAUAUAUUGUUUUUUAUAUCAUUCGAAAA